UAAACCUACCACCACUUUGGUCUUCGGCACGCACAGUCAGAGGGGUCAAUCAAUUCAAAGACCAUCAUCCUCUUUGUUCGGCCGGGAGUAUCCGUGACGAUGGCUCCGACCAAACAAGACAUGGACAUAGUGCUGUUCCCUUUCAUGGCCCAAGGUCACAUAAUUCCUUUCCUCGCUUUAGCGCUUCACUUGGAGCGAAAGACAGGCAAUACCAUCACCAUGGUCAACACCCCUUCCAACAUCAAAAAGCUGAGGGCCUCUCUCCCGCCACAGUCCUCCAUCAACCUUCUCGAAAUCCCUUUUCAAGCUUCCGACCACGGCCUCCCUCCCAGCACCGAGAACACUGAUGUUGUACCUUACACUCUCGUCAUUCGUCUCCUGGAGGCCACCACUGCUCUGAGGCCGGCAUUCCACCUCGUCAUCCGCAAUCUCAUCGACUCACAACCCCACCGACGCCCACUCUGUAUUAUAGCCGACAUUUUCUUGGGAUGGACCGCUAGUGUGGCCAAAGAGGUCGGUGCGUUCCACGUCAUCUUCAGCGGUGCCGGGGGAUAUGGCCUAGCCUGCUACCAUUCUCUCUGGUUCCAUCUCCCUCAUCGGAACCGACAGAGCGACGAGUUUUUGCUACCCGAUUUUCCAGAAGCUGGUCACAUACACAAAACACAGCUACCAACCAACAUAGCGGAGGCGGACGGCAGCGAUGCGUGGUCGGUAUUCCAGAAGAAAAAUCUUUCUGAGUGGGGCAAGUCAGACGGGAUGCUGUUCAACACAGUGGACGAGGUUGACUCUGGUGGGCUGCACUACUUUACCAGAAAGCUAGGCCUCCCAGUUUGGGCGAUCGGGCCGGUCAUUUUAUCGACGGGCAGCGGAUCGCGUGGGAAAGGAGGCGGAGUGAGCCCGGAGCUGUGCCGAGAGUGGCUGGAUAUGAAGCCAAGGGGUUCGGUGCUGUACGUGUGUUUCGGGUCAAUGAAUACGAUGUCGGAGUCACAGAUGAUGCAGCUGGGGAUGGCGUUGGAGGGGAGCGGGAGGGAUUUCAUAUGGGUCGUGAGGCCGCCAACUGGGCACGACAUCAAUUCCGAAUUCCGGGCUCAGGAAUGGCUGCCGCCAGGGUUCUUGGGGAGGAUUCAAGAGUCAAGGAAGGGGUUGAUAGCCAUUGACUGGGCCCCCCAGCUGGAAAUACUGUCCCACAAAGCCGUGUCUGCAUUCUUGAGUCACUGUGGUUGGAACUCCGCGUUGGAAGCGCUGAGUCAUGGCUUGCCCAUCCUGGGAUGGCCCAUGGCAGCCGAGCAGUUCUUCAACUGCAAGUUUCUCGAACAACAGGUGGGCGUGUGCGUGGAGGUGGCUAGAGGCAAGAGCUGUGAGGUUCGGCACCAAGAUAUAGCCGCCAGCAUUAACGCGGUGAUGGCUGAUCAGGGGAAAGGGAGGCACAUGAGAAGCCAAGCUCAUCGUCUCAAGGAUAUCAUUGGCAACGCCACUAGAGAUGAGCUUGCCUUUAUGGGCUCUUCUAUCAAGGCCCUGCGUGCCUUCCUGUCCGCUGCCGCCAACGUCGAGGCCAGCGUCCCCACUGAAUCGUGAUCGGAAAUAGCAUACACAUUCUUGUAUGUGCCUGAACGCAGAAAAUGUAGCAAUGUUUUUUGUUUUGUCGUUUUGUGUUAUUCUUCGAUAUCAUCUUGUCAUGGAAACAAUCAGACUACUGAAUAGUGAGUACUCACUCAUCGUGUGUUAGUUCA